UCGCCUGUUCGUCAUCGACAGCUGCCUCGACGUUGGCAAAACACUGAGCAAACUGACAGAGAGCCGCGUACCUCGUCGUAGCCCACAGUUGUGCAGAGGAGACGAGUCGACGCCGUCAAUGUAUAAAUUGUUUCAUCGUCGGGCUGCGGGUUUUCGGUCCGUUAGCCAGUCGACGACGGAUUCCCACGACCUGCUCGCCAUUGACGUCGAUGUCGGAGACACUAGCGCUCACUUGACACUAAUAUCCUCAGGGCUCGACUACAGCUACUAUACUGAAGAGUGACAAAUUGCGAAUUGUGAUUACUGAAUUGCGAUAUCUCGCUUGCUGACAGAGGGGUUCCAAAAUGGGCAGUGUAACCCCGCGUGUCUCUCUGCUUUGGUCAGAUGAAAUGGACUCUUAUUUCGUCGACGAUGACGACGUCGAGCAGCAGCAGCUCAUCGAUGAUGGCGACGACCUAGACGAUGAGCGGACUCCGCUGGACAAAACGAUAGACAGGAUUGGUAUGGGCAGCUAUCAGUGGACGCUCCUAUCACUGUGCGGUUUCGGUUGGAUGGCCGACAAUAUGUGGAUUCAAGCAGUGGCCAUCAUCCUACCUCGCGUGCAGGUUCAUUAUGCCGUACCGGGUAGGUACAUCGGGGCCGUGUCCUCCUCAUUAUUCUGUGGCAUGAUGUUCGGCGCAGUGGGUUGGGGGACCUGUUCCGACCUCAUGGGUCGAAGCACCGCGUUUAACGCUACGUUAUUCUUUACUUCACUUUUUGGGUUAUUAGCAUCCUUAUCCUGGUCGUACACGUCUCUAUGUGUCUCUCUUUUCUUGCUGGGCACGGCUGUGGGUGGUUCAAUGCCUACCGAUGGCACUCUCCUUUUGGAACACAUGCCAAAAGGGAAGCAAUACUUGGUAACUGCGUUAUCAGUCUUCUUCUCUUUUGGGGCCGUUCUGUCUGCUAUUGUAGCCCUGCUCAUUGUACCCCACCACUCGUGUCCACCAGCCCCGGCCGGGUGCAACGUCGAUGUGGAAAAUCAAGGAUGGAAAUACCUUCUCAUCGCAUUGGGUCUCAUUACACUCAGCAUGUUCUUUGCCCGAAUGGUCUUUUUCCGGCUGCACGAGUCCCCGCGUUUCCUAGUACACGCCGGUCGUCAUCAAGAAGCCGUUGAGUCGCUACAAAUGAUAGCAAGAUUCAAUGGCGCUCCGCUCUCUCUCGACCUUGACGAUGUGGAAGACGUCCGGCCGAACGUAGACCAAGCUCCAGCUGUGGUGCCGGAUACGCGGCCUACAGGCGAUGAUGGCACCAAUUCUCCUAGAUUUGCUGACUAUCACUCGACAGCAGAAUCUCCGGCUCAGCAGCUCGAGUCGCAUUCUUUUGCGACACCGACAAUCCCCCACCAAGAGCCUGCUUCGCCCAAAGAAGAUGUCGAACCGGUAGUCCGACCACAUCGAGUCUCAUCACGUUCUAGGUCCUUACCUCGAAGGGGCGCGCCGUCUGUGUGCGAGAAGCAGCUAUACAAUGUCUUACCAAGUUGGCUGAGACGUCCUCUAUGGGCAUGGUGGGAUCGGAUAUUGAUGGUCCUUACUCCGGAGUGGUUGAGAACAACGUUGCUCGUGUGGGGUGCUUGGUGCGCUAUGUCGCUCGCUUACACCAUGUUUAAUGUUUUUCUCCCAAAACUCCUCGAAAUUGGUAAAGACUCGUCUGGGGAGACUAAAAAAUCACUAGAAGACAGUUUAUGGGAUGUGGUAAUAUUCACUAUAGGUGGCUGUCCUGGGGCUAUUAUUGGCGCAUAUAUGAUAGAGUCUAGUCUCGGCCGCCGUUGGUCGUUGGCCGGGAGCACGUUUGUGACGGCUAUUUUCUGUGUGGUGUUUGUGAUGGUGGAAUCACAGUGGGCAGUUAGAGCAAGUACAGUUGGGAUCAGUCUUAGUGCAACGACAAUGUGGGCGGUGUUGUAUGGCUGGACUCCAGAGAUAUUUGGCACGAAAGUUAGAGGGACGGCGUGUGGGAUCGCGUCUGCACUGUCACGAAUCGGAGGAAUGGUAGCUCCUCUGGUUGGCGGAAUGCUUUUGAUGAUUGAUAGGACAGUGCCCGUGUACACCAGUGUUGCUGUAUUUGUGAUCGCGGGGGUUUGUGUACUAUUCCUGAAGGGGCGUGAAGGACAUAGCAUGGCUAAAAGCGAAAGAGGAGUUAUACAUUAGGUGGGCAUAAAUAAUGAUCUUGUAAUAUUUAUUAUAUAUAGCGUCAUACAGCUCAUUCGUAGCCUCUGUAAAACAGUAUUUUUUUCAGUUCAGUUAUGCAAUGC